AGGUUUAAUGGAGAAAGAAUAAUCUAUGAGUUAAGUUUGCAAGAUGCAAGUGCUAUUUAUGGCUCCAACAGUCCAAAAUCCAUGUUGAUCAAAUAUAUGGAUGUCAGCUUUGGACUUGGAUCAAAUAUCUUCACACUUACCCAGGGAGUAGAUUGUCCUUAUUUAUCAAAUUAUUUGGACUGGCACUUUUUUCGUGAUACUUCAUUACCUGUUAGCCGUAAAAAGGCUAUCUGCAUCUUUGAGCAGAAUGCUGAGUUGCCCCUACGACGACAUUGUGAAAGUAUCCAGUUCCCUUUUUAUGGAGGCUUGGCAGAUUCGCAUCUGGUGUUCCGGACAAUGUCUACAGUUGGCAACUAUGACUAUAUCUGGGAUUUUAUUUUCCACCAAAAUGGAGCUGUUGGUGUUCGGGUCCAUGCCAGUGGGUACAUUCAAUCUUCUUUUUACUUUGGUGAUGCCAGAGACUUUGGCAAUAAGGUUCAAGAAUGGGUGCUGGGAAUAAUUCACACCCACAAUAUUCACUUCAAGGUGGAUCUGGAUAUUGGUGUAUGGUUCAGGGCUAUCUUACAAAAACUUCAAUAUCUCAGUUUCUCUAGUGAUCGCACCAAUAAGUGGGGCCAUGAGCGAGGCUAUCGGAUCCAGAUAGUCAGCUUCUCUGGAGAGCAUGUGCCAGAAUCAGAUCCCACAGAGCCAGGCCUCAGCUGGGGUCGUUAUAAGCUAGCCGUUACAAAGAGGAAGGAAAAUGAACCAGUCAGCACCACUGCCUACAAUCAGGUUGACCCAUGGAAACCUCCCGUGGUCUUUGCUGACUUCAUAAACAAUGAGACUAUUGUCAAUGAGGAUCUGGUUGCCUGGAUCAAUGCUGGUUUUCUGCAUAUUCCACAUGCUGAGGACAUACCCAAUACAGCAACCCUUGGGAAUGUGGUUGGUUUCUUCUUGAGACCGUACAAUUAUUUUGAUGACGACUCUUCCAUGUAUUCUCCAGACAGCGUCUACUUCACCAGCCUGCAGAACCCCACUUCCUGUGAUGUCAACCAACUUGCAUGUCUGCCUAAACUGUCAUCAUGCAAUCCUAGUUUAAAAAAUUAG